AGAGUGCACUCUUCAGGGAUAUGAUUAUUAAUCUCUCAGGGUCAAGCAGAAACUAUUCAAAAAUAAAUAAAUACUCCUAAAUAAACGAUUCCAUUAAAGUAAAUAAACUACACUUGGCUACUUUCUAUUCUAUUCUGAGUAUUCUAUGAUCUCUCUUCCCAACAAACCCAUCUUAGGAUUUGGCACAAAGAACAUCCAGCAAUUCUCUUCUUCCAUUUCCAAGCACUUUGCUCAAAUGGCCCGAUCAGCAUUGGAUGAGAUGUCAGAUUCUGGUGCUUUCAUCAGAACUGCUUCAACAUUCCGUAACUUUAUUUCACGAGAUCCAAGCUCCCAAUUUCCAGCAGAAGUUGGAAGGUAUCAUCUGUAUAUAUCAUAUGCUUGUCCUUGGGCUUCCAGGUGCCUUGCAUACUUGAAGAUUAAAGGGCUUGACAAAGCCAUCAGUUUUACGUCUGUUAAACCCAAGUGGGAAAGAACAAAGGAAACUGAUGAGCAUAUGGGAUGGGUCUUUUCUGCUCUGGGUACCGAGGAAUUAGGAGCUGAACCUGACCCUUUGAAUGGAGCAAAAAGUAUCAGAGAACUAUAUGAGCUUGCCAGUACAAACUAUGCUGGAAAGUACACAGUUCCUGUUCUAUGGGAUAAGAAACUCAAAACAGUUGUUAAUAAUGAGAGUUCAGAGAUUAUCCGCAUGUUCAACACCGAAUUCAAUGAUAUAGCAGAGAAUGCAGCUUUAGACCUCUAUCCUCCUCACUUGCAAGCCCAAAUUGAUGAGACUAAUGAAUGGAUAUACAAUGGGAUAAAUAACGGUGUCUAUAAAUGUGGGUUUGCAAAGAAGCAAGGACCUUAUGAAGAGGCUCUGAAACAGUUGUAUGAAGCAUUGGACAAAUGUGAAGAAAUACUUGGCAGGCAACGAUACAUAUGUGGGAAUACACUGUCUGAAGCAGAUAUUCGGUUGUUCGUCACUCUCAUAAGAUUUGAUGAGGUUUAUGUUGUCCACUUCAAGUGCAACAAGAAACUGCUACGUGAGUACCCAAAUCUGUUUAAUUACACGAAAGAUAUUUUUCAAAUACCUGGAAUGAGUAGUACAGUCAACAUGCAGCACAUCAAGCAGCAUUACUAUGGGAGCCAUCCUUCUAUAAAUCCAUUUGGGAUCAUUCCUGUUGGUCCAGAUAUUGACUACUCUUCUCCUCACGACAGAGAGAGGUUUUCUUCAUAGAUUGUAUAUAAUUGCAAAUCAUAAGAUAAAUUGAAUGUAUCUUGAAGUCAAUAAGAUUUUUCCUUGGGGAAAAAUAGAUUCUAAAAAUAGGGUGAUGUGACUGUCACUGUACGAUCUCGUAUUCUGUUUGGUUUUUUUUUGCUGAGGUUAAUGCAGUAUUUCCUUUGUGUUUU